AACAGCCAAAUUUAAAGACACUACAUUCCAAGAAACGAAGCCUUUAGUUUCACUUUCAGAUAGUCCCCUGUUUUGGUUUCUUACUUUGCCGUGCAAUGAUUUACAUUUUUGCUGUGGUUAUCAUUGGUCAUAUGGACAAUGUCAUCUUCUAAUAUGUUUAUGUUUAUUCGACAUUUUUGGAAUAGUAACUUUAGUGUUUAAUAACACUACACGGAUUGGGUGCUUAGAAACAGGUUUUAGAUGGAUUCCUAAGACUACAGUAUAAAGCGUGUACAGAACGAUAAGUUCUGUGGUUAUAUUUUAAAGAUAAUAACAUAUGCAUAUUCUUAUACACUAGGCCUAUAUUACUCGCGGAUCGGCUGUUCCAGAAUGAUUACUUUUCCAGUUAAAUAUCUCAAAGUGGUUAAAAAACAGACGGAAGGAAUUUCACUGACCAGAAUUUGCUGGAUCCUUAUCUUGGCAUUAUGUGUCUGGAUGCCAACCAGCAACGAUUAUUUCAGUGAGAGACGGAUUGACUCGGAACCUUUUUUCAAUGUUCUGAACCCAGAGGGAACAAUUGAUUUAUUCGUCUCUACCAGUGUUAUUGACAACAGCAACAGAAAUCCAAUGGUGUGUACUAGUGUUUCGGAACAACAUCUUGCCCAAGAGAUAAGUAGAAUCGGUUGCACGUUCACAGAUAACCUGGUCGACACAGCACUUCCUGAGAAGUGCGCAAUAGCGCUCGAUGAAUCAGGACUAUUCGGUUCUGUGGUUUGCAACGCAAUUCAUAAAACAGCUAAACAAACUGGCUCAGUUCUUUGUACCAGUGUAUAUAGUCAACACAGUCUUGUUGUAUUUGUUGAGUGCACUAAGAUUGGGAUGACCUUACAACACAUCGGACUCACAUUUUGUGAAAGUGUCUACGACGAGGCGGGUCAGAAAAUGAUUGCGGUUUGUACUAGUAUUGCGAAAGUUUUCAGACUUGCUAAUUCUUUUAUUUGCAUCACUGUAUUUGACCACGAUCUCCAGAAAAGUUACAAACUUUGCAGACUUGUGGGAGAUAGCAUACAAGAAGCUAAGUCUGUGACUUGUGCAGUAGUCAGUAAAAUUAACGUAAACGGCAUUGGAAUAGUGUGUCAAUUAAUCUUGCAAUUAAAGGCCAAAGUUCAAGAAUUGUCCUGUUUCAUCUUAUACGACCCAGUUCAUAAUACUGGUUCAUUACACUGCUCUGAUUUCACACCAGGGUUUAUUCCAACGGAUUUGCUAAACUGUAUCAUCUUAGAAGAAAAUAUACACAAAACCGGUUCUAUAGUUUGCAUUAACACGUAUUUGUCGAGUAAAGGUGUAGGAACCUCCGUAUGCUUACACGCCUUUCACCAGGAUUCUAUAACCGGUUCACAAGUCUGUACAGAAAUUAUCAACAUAAUAAAGCAAUCAGAGGCAAUCGAGUGUAAGCGCCAAGGGAGAGGCUUUCAAGAAUCUGUGUCUUGCAAAACUCUUUAUGACCUAAAAGACGCGCCUGAAAAAAUGGAAUGUAAUUUUCUUCUCAGCAUUAAAAGUCUGAAAGGUUCAGUGUCAUGUGAAAUGCAGAAGAGAGAAUUGGAGAAACCCGUUGAACAUGCUAAAGCUGAUGAAAGUCCAAAACCUGAAGAUAAUGUUAUAGCAAUAUACAGAGAAGAAGAAGAACAGACAGGUUUUUUUGGACUUUUUAGCUUCAUAGGCUCGAUAAUCGAAAAAGGUUUCUCUUCCUUCGUCAAGGACCAAUUAUAUGACCUAGUACGAAAUCGUCUUGGUAUGUCUGAUAAAGUAAUACAGUGCAUUCAUUCAGUCUGGAAGGUAGUUUCCACUUUCAAUGUGUUCGCGUUAUACGAACUUGUUGAGAAAUGUGUGCUCAACUUAUCGCACAACCUUUUAACAUAGCUACAUACCCGGCAGUAGCUCGUUGAAUACUAUAUGUGUAUUUCAAGUUCCAUCAAGAUGGGUGCAAUAUAAAUAAUAACGCUUCUGCUUGACGGAAUACAUUUUACUACUUUACUGGAAGUUUAGGCUUUCUAAGAUUAGGGCAUUGAUGCCUAAUCAUUUUCUGACUUGUGUCUUGUAUAAUUUCAUGCUAUAUAAUAAUUAGGAUAAUAGAAUCGAAAGGUUGUUAUUGCCGACACUGGUAAUGGACUUAAGCACUUUGGUUAGGGGUUAGGGUUAAGCACUUCACUACUUCUUUAAAAGGCUUCCAAUGUCAUGACCUCAAUAAGCCUCUGACAACCAUCAAAACUCUCGUGUGACUCAGAUAUUGGACCAUGUUGAAUAGCCAUAAUUAACAGGAGAAGGUGUCAAAGGCGAGUAACUUGAGACCAAACCAGUAAGUUUUGGGCAGAAGGGGCUCGAUAGCGUUGCCUGGCCACUCACAUAAAAGAAGGAGAACUCUAAAUUGAAGCCUCAGCGGCUUCGGGAGCUAACCCUUAUAAACAUUCAUGAGCCGGAGCCAGGCAGCUUGCAGCACAAUGAGUUACAUCCUUGCGGAGCCGUUUCAUUGUCAAAAAAGCUUAGCCGAAGGCUCUUCAAGAUCUAGGCUUGUAAGCCUGCCUGAACAAACGUUCUGUCUGGAAGAGAUCCAAGUUAAUGCCUAUGUAAAGCAUUGCUAUUUCCGAUAUAUCUGGCACUCCGGGCUCAUAGACUAGAAUGCAUGGCCGAAGGCCGAGUACACCGGGAACGUCCACCAGUAUCCUAUGGUGUACCAAGUUAACCGUGCAGGACUCGCCAUUAGUGUAACGGUCCCUUGAGGAACGGCGCAUGGAUUAUCGACAGGGACGUGGAAGCUCUCUUUAAGCUAUGCUCCGUCAAAUGGGAAAGCUCUCGCAUUCCCUUGGACACUCCCACAGGCGUUUUUGUUUUGCUAUUCAUUUAGCCUAAUCAGUUCCUCAAAGGAUCGUUUCCAUCCGAGUGCCACCUUAAGGCAGAAUAGCGUACUCGGGCCUAGCAGAGCCUGCGCAGCCGCUGUUCCCAAACUGUAUCGGCACUUGCCGUUGCUAUGGAUAGAAUCUCUUUCAAUAGAUAGAUCUGCUGCCAGAGCUGGGGGACUGCAGGGUGGGCGACACCAUUCCAACGAUACCUAAUGCCCAGAAACUCAUUUUCAUGUUAUCAUCCAUAAUCGUUUUGCGACUGAAGCAGGCCAUACUACAUUGUUAGUGUUUUGCAUAACAGUGAAGGCGCCGUGGCUGAGUGAUAAUGCACUUGGCUUCGUAAGCGGAGUGCUCCGGGUUCGAUUCCUGGUAAAAACUGAUAUUUUUAAUUUCGGGUUUUUUGGGGCGUCUUUGAGUCCACCCAACUGUAAUGGGUAGCGGUUGGCCGUUAUGCCGGACACGUGAUACCCUAUAAACCGUGGACCACAGAAACAGAUGGCCUUUUCAUCAUCCGCCCUAUAUAUCACAAGGUCUAAAAGGAGUACUUUGCUUUAUUUUUCCCCGUGGGUUAUGCGUCACCGUUGUUAUGUAUAAUUUGCUAACUCUUUUAACGCAUUUUUUAAUGUGACUAGACUAUAGAUCAAGAUGAAAACAAUGAUAUACUGAACAAUCAAGUAAGAAAAUGUACCAUAACUUGAGUCCCUCAUAUAAAACCAAUGCAUUGAUCAAUGAAGUAACAACAUUUGUCUCAGAAACAAAAAUUAGUCAUGUAAAAGUGCUUUGUCUUAAGAAAUUUAAACAAAUUUAGUAAAUUUGAUUGAAGCUGGUCUACAGCUUACACUUUCUUUAAGAAAGAACAUAGUCGAUAAACAACAAAGUAAAAAAACAAAAAAACAAACUCAUUUUCAGCUAACAUUUCAAAUGCAGUAGCUUGUGUUUGUUCAUGGAUGUACAAGGUGUUGUUUUUAAUGAGGAAAUGUGAUUUGUCCUCAUUACUUGAGAGAGAGAGAGAGAGAGAGAGAGAGAGAGAGAGGGACAGAGAGAGAGAGAGAGAGAGAGAAAGAGAGAGAUAAAUUAUGUCAUGAAAAAAAAUACUGCUUCGAUAGUUCAAUCAUGGAACUGGUUCAAUUAAAGACCUUUAUUUUUAACGUUGAAAGGAUCAUCCUUCAAUGACGUCUGUACAUUAGGCGUUAGAAGAACUAGAACCUAUGUAUUUUUUCUAAGACAGGAAAACAAUUUUCGUUUUUUUUUUCAAAUUAAGAAGAAAAUUAUAUCAGCCCACUGUGUCUGUCUGUCUGUCUGUCUGUCCUGUUAAACGUUUUUAUUUCUCCGACACCCAAACUCGGAUCAAGCUAACGUUCUGCUCAAUUAUUUCUUUUACCUGACAAAAGAAGAAUUAACCCAUUUGUUAUUUAAAUAUCGUUAAUUAAUUAGUUUGUUUGGUAUAGAACAAAGGAAAGAAAUUGUACUUGACUAAUGUGGCAGUAUAACUUUAAUUAGUCCCCUUUAUUCUCUGUAGAGGAAGUGCGGUGCCUUAUUGGUUAAGCGCUAGGCUUUCAAACCGAGGGUCCCGGGUCGAAUCCCAAGUCCACCAAGCUUUAUUGGAUACCUGACAUUAGUUAGGGAAACGUAAAGCCGGUCGGUCGUUGUGCUGACCAUACGACGCCCUCGUUAACUAUAGGCCACAGAAACAGAUGACCUUUACAUCGUCAGCCUUAUCGACAAAAUGGUCUAAAAGGGAAACGUUACUUUAUUUUGUACUCUGCAGAGAGAAAGCUUCAAAGUUUGAGACUAACAAUAGAUAAUUAUAAAACCUUCUAUUUUCAUAAGUACAUCUCUGGCACAGUGGUUAGUGUGUUGGCUUGAGUAGGAUUGAGUCCUUGAGUUGGAAUUCAGGUCGUUAACUUUUUUGAUCUUUUUUUUUGGCUUUUAAAAAAAUGACCACAGUAGCAUUCACGCAGAUACCCCCUUCUUUCACCCCGACCUAGUCAUCAACUGAUCCAGACAAGUGAUGGAAUCAUAGCUAAAAGCUUGAAAUUACGUUAAACAAAAAAACAAAUCAAAAUUUGAAUGUUUUUUUUUUUGUUCUUGUUCAUAUUAAAUAGACAGAGGACGCCAGGAAAAGAGUGUAACAAAAGUGACCAUAGUAAAAAUGUAAACUUAUAAAAAGAAUUCACUAAAGCAGACUUUAUGGAAUAUCAUAACUGAAUGUGCCCAUAGAGAAGCCUAAUUAACUAUCACCCCAGCUUAUUGGCUUUUACGCGUAUAUGGGUUUUCCGGUAAUUCAGCCACAGUAUUCAAUAUUAUUGAAGAAAUUCGACUGUUUUUUUUUUGUAAAAGUAAAAAGAGUCGCAGUGUUUGGCACUCGGUCAAUCUACACAACAUAGGCUUCUUUAAAUAUAUUUUACAAAUGAUUAUUUUAUAGUAUGAAAUAUCACAGCAUAAAUAGAGCACAGUAGUUAUUUGAAUGGCGAUAUAGUGAAACAGGCUAGCCCUUACAAGUCAUCAACACUCAGUGUUACUAUAUACUAGGUUAUUUAAUAUGAAGUUCCAAUUUAGUUAUGCUAAAUCUGAUGACCAAUUUUAUGCCGUAGAUUCUUAUUUACAAGACCUUGCGAUCUACGUGGCAUACGGUAGUGUGGAUUGUACAUCGUGGCACCUAGGGAAAAAGGACUAUUUGUAAAAAUGUGUCCUAGUGUAUGGGGCAAGGAAUGUACCUUACCUUUGUAUCUUUCUGAAUAUUUUAUUAGGUUUUGUUGUUUUUUUAUUUGAAGAUUAUUGUUCAAUGUUUUAUGUAUAAUUGCUACUUUACUUUUAAGUCUUCUAUCCUAAAGGCUUUCUAAAUUUAGUGAUUUUACUAAAGGUGUUACUCUAAUAAAAUGUGAAUAAUUGUUUGUUAUGAAUCUCACUGCUCUAUUUUGUGUCUGUUCCAGUUUCUUAAUGUUUUCUUGAGUUGAGGAGUCUUAAACAGAGGAUGCAUAUUCUAUUUUUGGCCUAACCAAGGUUAAAUAACAUUUUAGUUUUAUUUUCUUAUCUAAUUUACAAAAAUAUCGUUUAUUAAACCCUAAUGCUUGGCUAAGAUUUUUAAUAGUUUCAUCAAUAUGGAGAUUCCAUGACAUUUUUUUUUAUUUACUAUAAUGAUAAUGAUAAGGCUUGUCGUCGAGUCCGAAGAUUAGUGAGGAAUGUAGUAUUUUCCAUGACUGCACAGUCCCUGCUGUGACCUACAUAUUUUGCCAUAUCCAAGGCAUUUAAUAUAACACCAAGGUAUUUUGCAUUUUUAGUCUGUGUUACUGAAUUUCCAUGAAUAUGAUAAGUGAUAUUUCUUUCUUUUAGUUUUCUCGUUACACUUAAUAACUGACAUUUUGUCAGGGUGGAAAGACAUGUUUUAAUUUGAUUACCAUUUCUGUAAUUUAUCUAAUUCUAAAAAUUUAGAAAUGAACUAACUUUCUUUCUUUGUUCAAAGUUUCAAUUUUAUCCGAGAAAUAAAAAAUGGAAGAAAAAACAUGUACAAUAAUUGUGUGACAGACAGACAGACAGACAGACAGACAAGAGUGAGUUGAUAUAAGCUGUGUAAGAAUAGGCUUAUUUAAAAAAAAAAAUCUAGAAUCAGAAUAUCUAGCUUGGCAACAGUUAAACACAUGUGAGAUUAAAACUUCCUGGACGUGAUCAAUUCUGGUAUCCUUGUUUCGCUUCAGUGUCUUUGGUAUUUACACUUAAUCUAACACGCUGCAAGAAGUGAAUUUCUACCUGCUUUAAUAUGAAGGUCAAUGAAUAUGGCAUGAAAUCGACAUUAUGGAUGCUCGUAUCCACCAUCAGUUUAUGUUUAGCUGAGAAUUCUAGAGAUGCCAGCAACAGAGGUAGCAACACUUCAGCUGUAUGCACGAAGCAAUUUUACGAGGCCUUAUCAGAAACUAUCUUAGUGUGUACUAGCGUCCAUAACAUAAGUGGAACGCAUAAUGUGGUGUGUGCCAGCCUUCGACCCAAACCAGCUAGUAAAAUUGGUUGCUACGUAACAAGCAAAGCCAUUCUUAAGGCUUCAUCGGUUGAUUGCAGCCCUGAGAGUGCUCUGCGCAAAGCAUUGGUUUGCACCAGUCUCCACCAGUCAAAGGAUGACUCUGGAUCCGUGGUUUGUUCUAUCGUGGAUAACUAUCAAAGUCAAUCCAUUUUGGUCAACUGUUUUAGUGUCGGUGGUGCUGUAGGUCAGCUCGGGACAAACUUUUGUACUACUGUCUACAAAGAAAAUGGUCAGUCAGGAUUUACAAUCUGUGCACACAUUAAACAUUUUGAAGGAGUGACUAGAACAUCGGUCUGUGCUAACAUAUUUAAUCAUGUUAAAAUAAAUAAUAGGGACUUGUGUUAUUUAGUAGAUCAUCGCGUACAAUCAAUUAAGUCAAUCAGUUGUUCGUUUUCCAACGGCGGUGCUUUGAUUAUGACUUGUCCAAUCAUAGCUGAGCUGGAAGCCCAGAAUACAUCCUCAGUUUGCAUUGUGAUCUAUACUACUAUUAGUGGUAGCUAUCGCAUACGCUCAAUACAAUGUACGAAACUUCCGAACACUCUCAGACAAACGGGUUCUGCAAUUUGCAAUUUGUAUAACCAAUAUUCAGAGCAAAUCAGUUUCGUAGUUUGCAUUAGCGUCUACUUACUGGACUCACAAGACUCAGCUAUGUGUAUCACUUUCUUAAAGCUACGUGAUCCAGAAAAGGCUUUUACUGUUUGCAGUCAGUUAAGUUAUCGAGCUCUACAGACUGAUUCGUUAGUGUGCAAUAGCAACAGCCCAGUAGAUCUUGUACCUUGCACCAGCCUGCAUGGCUUAGAAGACGGACGUGGCUACGUCGUUUGUAAUAUUUUAUUGCGCGUAAAGGUGUCGACUGCUUCCUUUGUUUGCAGCUCAAACCUCGAAGAAGAGAGACUCAAUCAUUCCGAGGAUGAGAUACAACCAGAAGAUGAGUUACUUUCAGAAGAUGAGAUUAAAACUAAAACAUCAAAUAAGUCUCCAACGUUAUAUCAGGACGAGCUUUAGUCUCUAGAUUCUAAGAUAGACUCUGGUGUAGACAGGGCCGGUCCUAACAAUAGCGGGGCCCUAUGCUAAAUUGAUUGCGCGGGGCCUAGUCUGAGUGGGAAUAAGGAUAAUAAGUGAAAAUUAAGAUUUUGUAUUCAAAAAAAAAAUUCGACUUUACUAAGUACAAAAUUGCGAUCAAAUUAACUUUACUUUACAAACUUGCAACCUAUGGCAUAUUUAUAUGCCAGUGACUAUAAAAGUAAAUAAAGUAUUGUAGCUUUCGAUUAAGGUGAGAAUUCGCCCGAUUAUUACAUUUUAUUACAUGAAAGCUGACAAUGCCUUUUUUCUUUUAUCGCGCGUAGGAUUGGCGUUUACCGCAAUGAAUGACUCCCACUAAUGACAAUUUUGUCUAUUUUUCAGGAGAUUUUUAUGAGUUUUCAAGAGAUUUUAAUAAAUUCAGGAGAUUUCCAGGAAUUCUUCGUAUAUAUUUUGCAAUUUAAUAAUUACACCUAGAAUUAGCGCGGGGCCUAUGAAAGCGUGGGGCCCACUGCGACCGCAUAGGUUGCGGUGGCCUAAGACCGGCCCUGGGUGUAGACUCAUGGAAUGGAUUCUCAGGAGUGUAGGUAGACCCAGUUAUAGGUGUCGCAGACAAAAAUAUAGCCACGAUAGUGUCACUAAGGCAAGUUAGUCUAAAGAAGAGAGUGUAGAUGGAGAUAGAGAUGCAGAUUAGAUAUAGAUGAAAAUAAGCUAGAGAGAGAGAGAGAGAGUCAGAAAGUCCCCCUGGCACUUCACCAUCAGAAGUCAAAGAGAGGCUUCUGAACGGCUACCACCAGAAGUCAGAAAGAGGAUCCUUCUGCUCCAUUACGACCUUCGCAUUUAUUCUUUGCAUUCAAAUUAGUCUAUUGAUUUUUUUUUUAAAUUAACUCUUUUAUUUCAAUUAUAUAUAUAUAUAUAUAUAUAUA